GUAAUACUCAAAGCGGGACAUAAAAGUUUCAUCGUGAACUGCGCAAGUAUCAGUCCUCCGAUUUCGAUGGAAGUUGUUUUUCAGUUGUCACCGGAGAUUCCUUUCCGUGUCAAUCCCAAACCGCUAACCGUUUCAAAUCGUAGUAGAAUCGACUUCUGCCGGCCAUUAUCAGCAACCAGCGAUUCUCGAUCCCGGAACCGGAUGUUCGUUCUCGGGAUGGGAUUCGUCGGAGGGUUCUUCGCGGAAAAGCUCAAAGAAGCAGACUGGGUGGUUUCAGGGAUUUGCAGGAGUGAUUCGAAGAAGGAAGAGUGGGAGAAGAAAGGAAUCGAUCUUCACCUCUUUUCCGCAGAUUCACCUGAAUGGAGCUUGCUCGAAACAGUUAAAGAUUACACUCACCUGCUCGUUUCCAUUCCACCUUUAGCUGACAUUGGUGAUCCGAUGUUGCGGAAUGUAGAUCUUGUCAGAGGGAAGCUUUCGAGUGGAAAUCUUCAGUGGCUUUGUUAUCUCUCAUCAACAAGUGUUUAUGGAGAUUAUGGUGGUGCUUGGGUCACUGAAGAUCAUCCUCCAAAUCCUAGAACUCAGUCAGCCAAACUGAGGUUAGCUGCAGAGGAAGGAUGGUUGAGCUUGGGGAGUGAUCUUGGGGUUUCUACUCAUGUCCUUCGACUUGGUGGUAUCUACGGACCUGGUCGCAGUGCGAUUGAUACCUUGUUAAAGCAGCAGCAUUUGUCUGAAAGUCAACUGAGAAGAGCGUCCCGGAGAUUCACGUCCAGAGUCCAUGUUGAAGAUAUAUGCCAAGCUCUUCAAGCUUCCAUUGAAAAACCAUCAUCAAGAGAGAUCUACAACAUUGUCGAUGAUGAUCCAGCACCAAGGGAAGAGGUGUUCCAAUAUGCCUUGGAGUUGAUUGAAAAACGUUGGAAAAGGAAAAUCGAAACAAAACCAUUUCUGUAUGAGUCUCGGGAGCAGAGUUCACUGAGAGGCGAAAAACGAGUUAGUAACGAACAUAUGAAGAAUAAACUUGGAGUCAAAUUGCUUCAUCCUUCCUACAAGUCGGGAUUGCAAAGCAUUGGGGAGAAGAUGGACAACCCGUUUUAAAGCACGGAUCACGACAAGAAAAUGGCAUCAGUCUUUGAGAACAUCAGACGCCAGAGAGUUGUUAGAUUUUGGAUUUUGCAUCAGUUAAAUAAUUGAUGGCUAAGGGUGGGUGUAUACUCCACUUGGAGCUGAUGGAACCAAAUGUGCCAUUUCAUAAAAGACUUAUAAGACGUGGAGCGUUUGGUGCUCGAACAAUGAUAACCAUCCCUAUCACCGGAUUAAUGUUUCCUCAAAU